UCUGAGGGAGGAGGAAGCCGCUCCGCCGGAGCUGCGAUGGGGAUUUGAACGCACCUCCGCGCAGACGACAGCGCCGCACGGCCCGGCUCAGAGCGCAGCGGGCGGGUCUGCGUCACUUUAACCCCCCGGUUUGGAUGUAAGCGGAUCGGAUUCGGCCUGCUGACUGAGCGGUUGGUUGGUUGAUUGUUUGGUUGCCUGGAGCUGGAGGCCGGGAGCAGGACAGCGUCUGCCCGGGCUGGUGCUGCUGUCGGCGGACUGUCGCCGGAGCGGAGCCUGCUGCCUCGCUGACUGUUUGUGCGUUUCUCUGCGCGGCUGGACUCGCUUUGGGAUACACACACGGGAUUAAGUGAUUAGCGCUCCGGUACCGGGGAGUUGGAUGUGUGUUUUGACCCGCAGGAGUCACCUGGAGUCCGGGCGGAGACACGGGGCUGAUGGCGCAACGGUAUGAAGACCUGGCCCAUUAUGGGCUGGAGGGGGUGGGUGGGGUGUAUGGAGACCCUCACCACCACCAUCACCACCACCACCACCACCACGCUGCUGCUGCUGCCGCCCGCUCCCUGCAGGCCGUGCACCUGGCCGCCGCCGCCGCCGCCACUGGUCCAUACCCUCCACACCAGUACACCCAGUCCACCCACACCACCAGCAGCAGCAGCAGCAGCAACAGCGGCAUGUCCGCCACAGCUGGGGACGCUGCCAAGAGGGACAAAGACGCCAUUUAUGGACAUCCAUUAUUCCCUCUGCUCGCACUGAUUUUUGAAAAAUGUGAAUUGGCGACCUGCACGCCCAGAGAGAGCGGGGUGGCCGGAGGAGACGUCUGCUCCUCGGACUCCUUCAACGAGGACAUCGCCGUCUUCUCCAAACAGAUCAGAUCAGAGAAGCCUUUAUUUUCAUCAAACCCAGAGCUGGAUAAUUUGAUGAUCCAGGCGAUACAAGUGUUACGUUUCCACCUCCUGGAGCUGGAGAAGGUUCAUGAGCUUUGUGAUAACUUCUGUCAUCGAUACAUCAGCUGUCUGAAAGGGAAAAUGCCGAUCGAUCUUGUCAUAGACGACAGAGACGGAAACAAAUCGGACAGCGAGGACUUCAUCAGGUCAUCAGGGAACAUGGAUCAGAUUUCGUGGAGCAGAGAUCACGACGACGCAGCAUCGAUUCGGUCGUCCGGGACGCCGGGACUGUCCAGCGGCGGACACACGUCUCACAGCGGCGACAACAGCAGCGAACAAGGUGACUGUCUGGAUAACGGCAUGGCCUCGCCCAGCACCGGGGACGACGACGACCCCGACAAAGACAAACUGCACAACAAGAAGAGAGGCAUCUUCCCCAAAGUGGCCACCAACAUCCUGAGAGCGUGGCUCUUCCAGCACCUGACGCACCCGUACCCGUCGGAGGAGCAGAAGAAGCAGCUGGCGCAGGACACCGGCCUCACCAUCCUGCAGGUCAACAACUGGUUCAUCAAUGCGAGGCGGCGCAUCGUUCAGCCGAUGAUCGACCAGUCCAACAGAGCAGUGAGCCAGGCGGGACCGUACGGCCCAGAUGGUCAGCCAAUGGGAGGCUUCGUCAUGGACGGACAGACACACAUGGGAAUCAGACCACCUGGUCCGAUGGGUGGUGUGGGGAUGGGGAUGGGUAUGGAGGGACAGUGGCACUACAUGUAGCACCACCACCACCACCCUGCAGCCAGAGGACCCACCCAGCGUCCCAGAAAACCACCGUGAGUAAAAACACGAGUCAGGUGCUUUAAAGGGUCGAUUCACCCAAAUCACUGAACCUUUCACUGCAGCGUAAUUCAGUCACGUUUCCUCGCAAAACAUAUUUUGCUGUUGCAACGUAGUCGCUCGUAACCGUAGUUUCUAGGAGUUGCUUGAGGGUUGAAACUGCACAGUUGAGUGAAUCAAGUCGUGCUGCAUUAUGGGUAAUGUAGGCACUGUCACUGAGAGCUGAAGUCCACCGGCUUCUGUAACUCAACACAAUCUCUCAUGAAGUUUGUUCCUGCAGUUUAUUUUCCAUAUUCUCAGAACGUUCGGCUCCGUUACAGCAGCUGCCGUCAGAAAUUUAAACCUUUGUUAUUUUUAACAAAGUUAAACAACAUUUUCAUUGUGAGAACAGAAAACUGCAGCUCCGUAUCCGUAAAACUCCCCGACGCCUUUCUCCUGCAUCACUGUUUCUGUCUGCAGCUGUAAAGACGUCCAUCAGUCCUGCUGUUAUUACAGACGCGUCUGAACUCACCACCGUCCUCCGCUCACUCACGGACUCGUCUCCUCUCUCGAGCCGUGACGUUUAGCCUGCAAACAUCCAGGACUUUCGUUAAAAAGGCUGCUAAAAAACAUAAAUAUUGAAUAAACAAAGAUAUUAGAUGGUUUUUCAGAAAACUCCCGUCCUUAUCUAAACAUAUGAAGACACACGACACACAAGGUUCUGGAUUUUUACUAAUUAGCAGAAGUUCCAGUUGAGUAACACUUUUAGGAAAAACAAAGUAUAAGACAGAAGAAGAAGAAUGUGACAAAGGGAGGAAAGAUAAAACUACAAACUAAAGAACUACAACAGCAGACGAGCUGAGAGGCAGAGCGUGUAAAACAAGAUGCCACAACAUCUCUUCCUUCUAUCCUAUCAUCCCGUCGAGCCUCAUCGCCGCUCCUCUCAGCUCCUCCUCGCUAAUUAAAGCCAAUUCCCUCUGAUUUAAAAGGUCAAUUAAUCCUCUGAGAUCCUCUCCACACAUUCUGUCUAACGAACUGAUCGUUAACGAGCGACGCACAACGCUCUCAUCUCUUUAUUUGAUUACACAGAGUCCAAUUAUUCUGUAAGCAC